UAUUUUAGUCGAUACCUUUAAAUGCGUAAUCAUCACAUUUUUCCAGAAUGGCGUUCGUAUGCAUUUUGUUUUUAUUUUUUUUAUUUUUUUUUGUAAAAGACCUAUCAACCGCUUGUCUUCUGUCUUUCGUCUCACCUGUUGCUCCUACAAAGUCCCACCGUCGCAUUAUAACAUCUGCAUGAAAAGAAAUUCGUCAUUAUUAUUUUCAUUUGGAUUUUACGCACAAUGUCGAAUUAUCCCUACGAAUAUGUAAGAUGCUUAGAUAUGGAGCAAAUAAGAGAAUCACCACAAACGGAAUCUCAUUCUCUGGAAGGCUUCAUUCCCCUUCUCAGUAUUACUGAGGGAUGCGGCGCGCUUCUCGUAAUCUUGGUGAUUGUGUGGACAAGCUACUUUAGAAAUGGUUUCUCAUGGAGAUCUAAUCCAGGGCUCGAAUUUAAUUGGCAUCCUUUGUUAAUGACCAUAGGACUCGUGUUCCUGUAUGCUAAUGCUAUGCUCCUCUAUAGGACGCAAAGAAACGUUCGCAAACGUCGACUAAAGUUGACUCACGCGGGAAUGAUGUUAUUUAUUGUAUUGUUAGUGGUGAUCGCUCUAGUAGCCGUCUUUGACAGCCACAAUCUAGCUUCGCCUCCUAUACCGAACAUGUAUUCGCUACACAGCUGGGUCGGGCUGACCACCGUAAUAUUAUUCUGCUGUCAGUGGGUUGCUGGAUGCGUCUCGUUUCUCUUUCCUGGAUUGCAAUCUCCAUUACGAGCCUCUUACAUGCCAAUGCACGUAUACUUCGGCGUAGCAGCUUUUGUGAGCGCGAUUGCCUCGUGUUUGUUGGGACUCAACGAGAAAGCGAUCUACGUAUUGCAGAAUAAAUAUUCAGCCUUCGUGAGUGAAGGAAUGCUGAUAAACUUCAUAGGAUUGCUGCUCAUAGCAUUUGGAGGCUUAUCCACAUACUUGGUAACGCAGGAACGUUACCGACGUUUGCCGAGGCCGGAGGAUGAGGUCCUGUUAUCCGGCUAAUGUUACGAAUUGCGAUGUCGCCCGUUUCGCUUCUUGAUGUGAAAAUAUCCGGCUGUUGUUCCAAACUUAAUAAGUACUUACAAGUUUCUCGCUGUAAGUUUUUCUUAUAUUAACUUUAUGAAUAAGGCUGAUCCAAUCGAUUGCACAUAUGGAAAAGGGAUAACAAGCUAUAGUAUUUUAUCGAUCUUUUUUUUUUAUUAUAUUCUAGUCUGAAUAUAUAGUUAUCGUUUUUUAAAUAUUUUCUUGAUACAUAAAAUAUAUAUCUAUGUAAAAUAUAUGUUUAUAUAUUUAAUAUUUAUACAUUAAUUCAGAAGCAAUCGUAUUUUUCUGGAAACAAUGGUGCUAUGUGUACACAGUAAUGUGUAAUAUAUGAUUGUUACGCACACACACGCAAAUAUAAAUAUACAAUUCGCAGCUGAUAUUUUUAAAUAAUUUUAUUAACACUCGAUAAUUGAAAUGUAAUAUAUAUGCAUAUAUAUAAAUAUGUAAUACCAAUGUAUACAUAUGAGAUCUCGUCAUAAAGUAACUGUAAUUUGUGAAAAUGAUUGUCUGUGUUAAAAAAAAGCAAAGAUUAUAUAGUAGAAAGUGAGUAAUUAUUUACAAUUCAUAUAUGUAGAUUCCUGUAUAUCUUAUAAGGGAAGUACAAUGUGUUGUUGCGCAAAUGAAAUUCUAAUCUAGCAUUCAAAAUAACAUAACAAAAUAUGAUUACCACUAAAUUUUAAGGUGCUACGAACUAUUAUAGCCAGAAGAUACAGGUCUUCAAAGAUAGAUUGGAAGUACAAUAGGAUACGAAGCAAACACAUGAAUUUUCAUAAGCAAAGGCUGAUUUCACAUAGGAUAUGCAUUAGAAUGAUAUGCAAUAUUGCGUUAACCAGAUAAAGGUAAUAAUUUAUCUAUUCCUUUGUGAGGCUCGUUAGCGAACCAGGAUGCGUAACGUCAGCUUCACUAUACUCCCCCUCUCGUCCACAUAGCAGUUGACAGUUUUGCUAGGCACCUCUUUAUCCAUCAUCUUUAAUCCAAAUAAAAUAGUAUUCAGAUUGUAAA